AUGAACCAAAUUUUGAAGAAAUCGGGCUCCGCCAUCUUCCGGCUCAUCGUGCGCUGCAAGCCGGGGGUCCAAGUCCGACCACCACAGCCGCCGCUGCGCACGGCCACUAGGUCCUACCGCGCCUACCGGCGGCGCUUGCCUGCGGUCUCGCGCUCGGCCACUACCCCAAGCCAAUGUCCGCAGCGCCCGGAGCUCAUCCACUUCACCCGAGGCCGCGGCGGGGAGCCCUGGUACCACGACUGGCGGAAGUUGGCCGCGCGGGUUCUCGCCCCUGGCGCCGCGGCGAUCGCCGCCUACUACCACAACCUCGAGACCGUGCCGUACACCAACCGCACCCACCUCGUGUUCCUCUCUCCCCGGAUCGAGCGGUGGCUCGGCGGGCGCGCGUUCGACGAUCUCAAGAAGGAGAAAGCCGGCAUGAUCCUACCCGCGGAACACUACGAGAGCGUGCGCGUCAGGCGCAUUACCUCGGAGAUCGUCCGCGCCGCCCGACGCACCCUUGGAGUUGCGCCCGUCGAUCCAGCCGGGGAGCUGCUGAAUGACAGGUUCAUGGCCAGGAACUACGGGAAGCAGGCGAUGACGAGGCAUCUCGACGGGCUCGAUUGGGAGGUGAUCGUCGUGGAAGAUAGGCAGGUCAACGCGAUGUGCGUCCCAGGCAAGAUCGUGGUCUACACUGGAUUGCUCGACUACUUCAAAACCGAUGCCGAGAUCGCCUCUGUGCUAGGGCAUGAGGUCGGACACAUUAUUGCGAGGCACUCGGCCGAGGCGAUCACCAAGAGCUUGUGUUCUUAUGCUGUGCAACGACUUGUCAUGGGGCGGGACAGUCCAGACUUCAUGAGGGGUGUAUCGAAAUUACUAUUCACGCUGCCCUUCUCACGAAAGAUGGAGAUAGAGGCAGAUCACAUUGGAAUGCUGCUACUUGCUGCAGCUGGUUUCGAUCCACACAUAGCCAUUGCGGUCGAAGAGAAGCUAGGAAAGCUCUCAAGAAAUUCAGAAUUGGAAAACUACCUCUCUACUCACCCUUCAGGUAAGAAAAGAGUGCAGUCCUUGUCGCAGGACAAAGUCUUGAAGGAGGCGAUGGAAUUAUACAGGGAAGCUAGUCCCGUCAAAGAAGCUGAACGUUUCUCCAUUCCUGACCCCUUCGAUAUUAGGGGCAGGCGAAGCCAAGGUUGGAAAUGGUAG